AUGGCACAGUGCAACUCACGCAAGGCGAGGGAAUCAAACCCUGCGUGCCAGGUGGAGGUGAAGCGCCGAACCGAUGAACACCCGCCGCAGAUCACGGUGACCUUCGUGAACGGCGUCGAGCAAGCCUUCGAUGCGACCUCAACCCCUGCACAGAUCAUAAGGACCAUGAUUCUUGAAAAAGGCCAAACCCUAGAGACCGAGCAGAUGUUCCGAGAAGCUGGUGAGUCAUGGCCCGCCAUCAUUCCCAAAGAAGAGCUAUCUCAGCCCGCACCUGGCGUCAAUCCCAGGAAAGCAGAGGAGAAGAAGCAAUAGUCAUGUAUUGUUGAACCUACGAACAGCCAGAAAAUGUUCCAAUUUUCUCACACACUCUCUCAUUUCUUUUGGCGGGGAGAGUACAUAAUGAUCACGGCUAUUCUGUGCUUUGCUGUAUUUUGGAGUUGAAUUAUUGAUAUUGAUUAAACAAAUAUGCAUGUGACUCGUGUAAUAAUUAUUGUUUCUGAAUGCAAAAUUUUGAAACUGCAGUAAUUUCAUCCUAGAAUUUGUUAAGGAAAUAUGCUCAUGGUGUUCUGUUUUAAUUAAGGAAAUAUGCUGUUAUAUGCAUAAGUUGUUUUGGCUCAUGGUGUUCUAUUUUAAUUUUGAUUUUAUUCUGACUUUGUAAUUGUGCAUUCUGAUUUUUAUGCAUUUAUGAUAUGAUUUAUGUUAAUUUUAGACCCUCAUUAAUUUUAAUUUUAUUGAUAUAGGUGUUUUCGAAUUACUUCAUGGCUAGUAAUGCUAGAGAAGACACACAAAGUAACAAUGUUGCAAACUUUUAAUGAUGAUGAAGAUGUUGAAAGUGAUUAAGAUUAAGGGU